GUGUUUUGUUUUUGGGCGCAUGCUUUUCGUUUGUGUUGCAUCGCAUCGGACGUCAACAAUAUUAACAUUGCUUGUCUGUCAGUUAGAGUAGGUGGGGUCCCGCAGAGCCAAGAUGGCUGACUUUGAGGAACCGCUGUCAGACGAAGAGAAGGUUCGCAUAGCUGCCAACUUUGUGACCCGUGCCCCGCCUGGCGAGUUCAACGAAGUCUUCAAUGAUGUGCGACUUCUCCUCAACAAUGAUAACCUCCUCAGGGAGGGAGCAUCUCACUCUUUUGCCCAGUACAACAUGGAUCAGUUCACGCCUGCCAGACUAGAAGGCUUUGAUGACCCGGUCCUGAUUACAGAGCAUGGAGACUUGGGUCAGGGGCGUUUCUUGGACCCUCGGAACCAUUUGUCGUUCCACUUUGACCACCUUAGGAAAGAAGUGAGCGACGUUAAGCCUUAUGAAGGAGUCGCCUCUCUUAAAACCUGGAGAGAUUCCUGUGACAGCAUCCUUAGUGCCUAUGUCAAAGAGCACUACCCUACUGGAGUCUGCACAGUGUAUGGCAAAACUGUCGAUGGUCAGCAGACGAUCAUAGCCUGCAUCGAGGGACAUCAAUUUCAACCCAAAAAUUUCUGGAAUGGACGCUGUAGAUCGGAGUGGAAACUCACUAUUGGCCAGUCCACUGCACAGGUGGUGGGAGUGUUGAAAAUUCAGGUGCACUACUAUGAAGAUGGAAACGUGCAGCUGGUUAGUCAUAAGGAGAUAGAAGAAACUGUACCAGUGACUAGUGAAACUCAGACAUCCAAGGAGUUUGUUGACAUUAUUGAACAUGCUGAAAAUGACUACCAGACUGCAAUCAGUGAGAACUACCAGGUUAUGUCCGACACAACUUUCAAGGCUCUACGUCGCCAGCUGCCCGUCACGCGCUCCAAGAUCGACUGGAAUAAAAUCCUAAAUUACAAAAUUGUUAAGGAGAUGCAAAAUGCUUAGUGGAAGGUCAGGGACUGGCCAGGGAGAUGCUGGCUCCACUGGUCCAACAUAAUCAUACCCAAGGACUUACACCAAAGCAAAACUAUAUCAGUUUGGGGCAAGGAAUCAACUAAAACAAGUCAUCAACACAGAAGACUGUAAUACAUAUGUAUGUCAGAUUGUGGGACAACUUUGGUUAGAGACAUGUUUAUCGUUUUUGUUUGGAGAUAAUGGUUACUUCUGAAUGUGUGGUGAUUGGUCAGUGUGUGCAGGGCUGUGCUCAGGACAGCUGCAGCAACACCUUUAUUUAGCCAUCUAAGAUGUAAGAAGAGCAUGUUGAUGAAGACCAGUAACCGCAGUGUAUUCACACACGCUAAAGCCGGGCAGCACAACGCAUCUGAUGUGAGAAACACAAAGAACACCGUCAUAUAAAAGGGUUUAUAGUAGAAUAAAGUUUGUUUUGACGUGGUUGACGUGCAUUUGGGCAUUAUUAAUAAACUUGGAUAUGCACCAACAUGCCCAUGUAAAACAAACUGACAUGGAUGAAAGUAAAAGUCAAGUUUUGCUAAUUAAAUGAAAAUCGGUACCCACGAUCCUUAGCAUAGCUCUGCCCUGUAACCAUCAAUGUACGAUAUACCUGGCAAAUAUGAGACUGUUUUUGGGUUGUCAACUAAAAAUGUCUCUUCACCCAUACGGCUGAAAUCACUUCUUUUCUAGUUUAUGUUGCGCUCUUGCAGUUUCAUCUCUACUUGUAUCUUUUUCUGCUCUGAAAGGAGAAUAUAUUCAUGUUAACCAAGAUUUAUUUGCCAAAAUCUCUUUCCUAUGGUAAAGAACUCAAUUCUCUUGCCCACGUAUGCAAAUUUCUAUUUUACAAUUCUUUUUUCUGUUGGAGUCUUAAAGUAGUGUACUGUGACAAAUUCUGUGUUGGUCAAUGCCAAGUGAACGUAAAUCAGUUGCCAUGCAAAGUAGUAUGUGUUUGACAUCUGUAUGGCCACAUCUAAUGAGAAGAAUAUACCAUGAAAUCAAAGCAGAACUUUUGGAUGGAUGAGCUGUGUUAAACCCUUCCAUUAUGCUACUGACUGUGUGUCCAUCAGUGAUGUGUUGCCUGUACUGCCCCAUUCUGUCAUAUGAAUAAAAAGACUGAACAACUUC